GCUGGCGACGGGGGCAGGCUGUGUAAAGUGCCCCGUCCGCUGGCGCCAGAAGAGAGAGUACACCCAUGGCGAGGUGUUGCGUGUGUUAGCGUCGCCAGUGUGGUUGUGAAUCGCGUAGAAGAUUGGUAGAUUGAUUGAAUAUUAUCUCUUGUGGUCAGCGAAGAGGAAGGUUGAUAGAAAUCGACUAGGAGGAAUAUCGUUGUAGAUAAACGUUGAUAAGAGGAAUUAACAGGAAUGUAAGUCUGUGAUAUAAUUGUUGAUAUACAUGUAUGAUAAAGGUGAUAUUCAAAGGUGUGUUUUUUACUGAUUCGGAUCAAGUUCCAAAGAAGUUGCGAUAAGUGUUUAUGUAAAAGGAGGAAAAGUGUUGUGAUUUCUAACAUAUCAGUCUAACUCGUAACGAUAUAAUUACCGAAUCGAUAUAGAUAAGUACCCAUCCGGCUGUGUGUUUUUUUUCGGUCUUUAGUUGCAAGAAGACAUAUGGAAACCUUGUAGCAAAAAUGUCGAAGAAUUAUGACGCGGGCGAAACUUUGUCGGAAAACGUAAAAAUGGCUUCCCAUGACACUCUUCCACAUAUAUGACACCCGAAUAACAGCGACGAAGUGGGUGUUAUAGUUACUGUUUCCUUUACGAAUUGUGUUUUAUGAUUAUAGCCUCCGAGAGAAUGGGAUAAACAGGUGUGCGUUUGCAUUUGCUUUUGUAUUUGCCCUGCUUUUAUGAUCUGCAUAUCAUCGUGCCAUUCGCAUAUCGUAUCUAUAUGUAAAUAAGUUUUGACUAGGACUUCGAAGCCUUCGUAGAAAGGGCAGGCGCAGCAAGCUCGCUAUUCACUCUUAAAGACACCCCAGAAAUAUAUCGAAGAUGCCGGUCUCGCCCUAUCUCACGCAGAACAGCUAUGCCACCCGGCCCUACGUCAGGAGUAACUCCAGCAACUACGUCUCGCCCUCGUACACCACGCCCAAGUACGGCGAGGUGGGGUCGAGCGCCACCCUCGGCAGGACGAAGCUGACCUCGGGGGACGUCGCAGGAGGCUACGGAAGGCUUAAGUACGGCAUCCCCGAGAACGAGCCUUCAAGCGGCAUCUACGACCUGUCCAAGUACUCGUCGGGGGCGACCGGGGGCUACUCGGCCGGGAACUACCUGGCGAGGUACAAGUCGUCCGAUAACAUCCCCGAUGCCGGAAGUAAGGGCCUCUUCGGCGACAGCAAGAUCAAGAAGUCGCCCUCGUCGUCGAGCUUCCUCUCCGGAAACACGGCCAGCCUCCUGAAGAGCCUCAACGCCCCCGAGUCGAAGCCCCCGCCGACCAAGUCGAGGUUCGCCGUCCUGCGGAAGACGAGUCCGGUCGAGCGCAAGUUCGCCGGGAAGGCCGGGGGAGGCACCUACGCCGACCACUACCUGGCCAAGAUCAACAAGGGGCGGGAUCGGCCGCGCGAGAUCGACACGAGGGACAUCAACACGACGCAGAAGCCGAAGCUGCCGACGGGGUACAAGACUGACGCGAACAGGGAGGACGGCGGCUCCAUCUCCCGCAACCGGCCGCUGGUCCGCCUCACCACCAAGCGCGAGAAGGAGAAGUCCCCCGAGAGCCACUUCAAGGUCAAGGAGAAGACCAUCAAGACCAUCGCGCAGAGGCUCAUCGAGAAGUACACCGAGCCGGAGAAAAAGGACAAAAAGCCCGACCCCUACGAGUAUGUCCCGACGCGGAGAAGAUUCCAGGUGGAGACCAGCAGCGCCGCCGACAGUAGCGGAGCUCCCCCCGCCGCCCCCUCGCCCGCCCACGGCUCCUCCAUUUCCUCCGGCGUCGAUACGAGUCGCGUCCCCAAAGACGAGGCAACUUCCCCAACUUCGCCGCCGGAAUCUCGCGAGGCCCAGCAGGUAAUGGAAAAUCCACAAAGUUCUAAUCGGGAAGAAGAGGAAGAAGAUAUUGCUGCGAGGCUCCUGAGGGCGACGACGGCGGCCGAGACGAAGAAGGAGCUGCAGAGCGCCGAGGAAGUGAAGGACGCUAUCAUUGCCGCCGUUCUUCAUCCUGACGUUGACAUCGAGUCGGACGAGGAGAUGAAGGAGCUGGUCCAGAACGAGGACGGAAGCUGGAAGAAGAAGAAGAAGGAGAAGAAGCCGUCGCUGAUCCCGAAGGACCUGAGCGGGGACGAAGGAGGGAAGAGCGACGACGGGAAAGGCAAGACGAUCGUGGUUCAGCUCAAAAGAUUCAUCGAGAGAAACCCGAGCAAGAAGCGGUCGUCAACUAAGUCUUCCAGGAGCGCCUCGAGGAAGUCAAAAAGUUCUGACAAGGAGGACGAGAGAAGUCUCCUUUCGCCUGAGCUCGUUUUGGGCAAGAAAUGCUCGAGCAGAGACAGGAAGUCGAAGAAGAAAUCCGAGAGGGAAGAGGAUGACUCGAUAAACAAGGACUCACUUCUCUCUCUUGAUUUACUUUUGAGUCGCAAAGAGUCGGAGGAGGGCAACGAAUCCUCAAAGGACGAAGGAAAGGAGAGAAGCGAGAAAGAAGCGGAAGCGAAAAACGACAAAGAAUCCGUGGCGGCGGAAAAAGCGAGCACGAAGAAGCCGAAAUCGAAAAAGAAAGUGAAGAAAGCCACGCUGAAAGAGGAAGCAGUUAAAGCUACGUCGUCGAGAGGCUCUCAGGGCGAGGCUCCAUCAGGCCCGGCCCUUGAGAAACAAUCUGUGACGGAGAAAAAAGAUUCUGAGUCCAAGGAGAUACCUGAGACAAGCGCUUUAAGUCAGCCAGGGGGAAGGCAAGACGAGGAAAAAACGUUGAUCAAACCAGGUAUUGAGUUCCCUGAGCAGACGCUGGGGAAAGCGGAGGAGACGGAGGAGGAAAAGAGAGAAUCGUCGAGCAAAGUUUCGGGAAUACCGAGAUGGAAAGGCGGGGAGACGGCGAGGAAACAUCUCGAGGACACGAGGGAAGAGAAAGAAGAGAAAGAGGAGAAAGAAGAAAAUCUAAAACACGAGGAACAAGACGAGGACAAAGAGAGCGAAAACAAGAUAAGCGCCGAGAAACCCCUUGACCUUCCCCUCUCGACAGAAACUGACAUUGUACAAAGCCAAGAACCCGUGUCGUCUCCAGAGGAACUUCCAAAGAAGAGAGCUUUGAAACGCCCUCGCCAGAUUGGUCCGGCCGGCCUGCCAGAGAAGACCGUCGGCAACCAGUUCCUCGAAGCUCGCAAGAUCCUCAAACGGCCAGGGAAGACCGCAGCAAAUACCGUGAAGGAGGAGGCGCCCCAGGAGGUCCCCACGAUUAAGGUGUGGAAGAAGCCCGUGGCGCCGCUGCUGCCCCAGAAGCAGGGCGACCAGUUCCUCCAGGCCAGAAGCGGUCUGAAGAAGCCAGUGAAGGCGAAGGAGGACGACAAGGAGGAGAAGAAAGAGGAGAAGCCUUCGGAGGUCAAGCCUAAGAAGCUGGUUAAGAAGCCGGCGGCGCCAAAAGAAGAUGCGGAGGGCAAGGGCGACCAGCAGGAACCUCGCGCUCGGCCGCUCAGGAAGCAGAGACCUUCAGGAAGCAGGUCAGCCUCGACUUCCUCCGACGAAGAGAGCACAGCGAGAACCAAGAAGCAGGAGAAGACCAAACGGCCUCUGAAGCCCCGACCGAAGCCUAGUAGGUCCGCUAGCAGGUCCCUCAGCAGGUCGCCGAGUCCUCCAAGAUCGAAGGAUGACAAAUCGAAGUCCCAGAGCUCCUUGAAGCCGGACGGAAAGACGUCAGCCAAGUCCUCGAAACACUUGGGAAAAGAGACUGAAGAAAGGGCGACCAAAUCCUCGACGCUCGCCUCCAGCCGCAGCAAGACGAGCGACGAAGCACAAAAACCUGAAGGAGAAGAGGCCUCUCGAACGCCCUCCGCCAAGACCACAGACACUCCCAAGACGUCCUCAGAGACCCUGACCGUCGGAGAAAAAGCCUCCCCGGGGAAGAAGGCAUCCGGAGGCGAUCGGACCUCGACGCGGUCGGGCGCUGGCACGAACGGCUCCCUCGGAAAGGACCCGAAGCUGAGUGCCUUCCAGUCGGCCGAUUCCGGGUACGGGUCCAGCCCCAGCACGCCCCAGCCCACGCCGACGCCCGUCAUCCCCGACGCCAAGGACGAGGAGACAUGCACGGUAUGCGGGACCAAUUGCCACAAGAAAUGCGAGAGGCAAAUGCCCAACCUAUGCGGCGUCAACCAAAAGCUUUUGGCGGAAGCUUUGUCUUCAGUCAAGAAAGGAGGAAGCACGGACGGAACGACCCGCACCCUCCCUUCUUCGACCAAAGGCUCCGUAUCCGGGUCCGAAACCGAGACCACAGAGGAAGAGACGGAAACGGACACGGACAGUGACAUCUUCGGCCCCCCCGAGAUCCGGUCGCCCCUCCAGACGCGGCCGAAGUUCAAGCGGUACAACAUCAAGGACUUCAACUUCAUCAAAGUGCUCGGCAAGGGAAGUUACGGCAAGGUCAUGCUAGCGCAGCAGAAGGACACCGAGAACUACUUCGCCGUCAAGUGUCUGAAGAAGGACGUGGUUCUUGAGGACAACGACGUGGAAUGCACUUUGAUCGAGAGGAAGGUCCUGAGUCUCGGGACGAAGCAUCCGUAUCUGUGUCAUCUCUUCUGCACUUUCCAGACGCCGUCUCACCUGUUCUUCGUGAUGGAGUACCUGACGGGGGGAGACCUUAUGUUCCACAUACAACACUGCGGGCGCUUCGACGAGUUCCGUGCCUGCUUCUACGCCGCCGAGAUCACGUCGGGCCUCAAAUUCCUGCAUGGAAAGGGCAUUAUCUACAGAGACCUGAAGCUUGACAACAUCCUGCUAGACUAUCAGGGACACAUUCGCAUUGCAGACUUUGGCAUGUGCAAGCUGCAAGUGUAUCUGGACAGAUACGCUGACACUUUCUGUGGCACUCCUGACUACAUGGCACCCGAGGUGAUCAAGGGGCAGCACUACAACCAAUGCGUGGACUGGUGGAGCUUCGGCGUCCUCCUCUACGAGAUGCUGACGGGGAAGUCGCCCUUCAAGGGAUGCGACGAGGACCACCUCUUCUGGCUCAUCUGCAACGAGGAACCCUUCUACCCGAAGUUCCUGUCGCGGGAGGCUACCAGUAUACUGAAGCAGUUGCUGGACAAGGACUCCACGAGGCGCCUGGGCAUCCCCUUCAGCCCCUACGGCGAGAUCAAGGUCCACCCUUUCUUCAAGUAUAUCGACUGGAAUAAGAUUGAGGUGAAGGGGGUCGAGACGCCGUACAAGCCCCGAUUGAGACACAUUCUGGACGUGCAGUACUUCGACCCGCUGUUCACCAAGCGGCAGGCGGCCAUCACGCCCCUGGACGAGAGCAUCCUGUCGACGAUGGACCAGACCGCCUUCAAGGAUUUCUCUUACACGAACCCCAACAUCACUGACUGAUCCUUCGUCUGCCUCCGCGAUGGAUGGCUUUGAAUUUCUUUUCUCUCGUUUUUAAGGAAGGAAUUGAGGGCGGAGAGUAGCCAUUAAGUUUUUUUCUUUUUGGUUCCCCCCCCCCCCUUUUUUUUUAGAAGAAGAAGGUAAAAAGAUAUUAAAGAUGGGGAACGCUGAGAUAAUCUUGUCUUAAUGGAUGCAGAUGGCUCUCUCUCUCUCUCUCUCUCUCUCUUUCCCCCGCGGCGUAUUCUGAGAAGGUCGGCGUUUAGGAUGACCUCUAGUGUCUUCUAGAGUUUUUUUUUUCUUCUUCUUUCAGUUGCGAUUACGUGUACGCCUUUUCUUAUCGUUAUCGGUUGGAAGUUGUCAAGGAGGGAAGAGCAUAACAACUUUUAAUGAUGUUCGAGAUGAAACUUGAACGUUGUUUCAUUACUUCUUACGCUUGAGUUCCUAGUUAUUUACUAUCUGAUUCGUUAUGUUUCAGUUACGAUUCUUUCCUCUUUUGGACUUAAUGAACUGUUAUUCUGUGAGAAUAGAGGAAGGAUUUUGUUUCGUGUCGAGGAUCAGGAUGGGACCGCCGCGUCUCUCCUCACUCGCCAAGGCCUCCUGCCUGUACUAAAUGAGCCUCUGGUUGAUGGAAAGGUGCCCUGCAUUCGAAAUCUCAUACUUUCGGUCAAAAUCGGAGACACAUUUUCGAAGACUCGCUCAAGAACAAUCAUCAUUCUGAAUCCACUUUGAGUUCCUGGAGUUUCGGUUCUGUCGUUACAGAGGGUUUUCGUUUUAAUCUCUUUAAUUUUUAUUUUCGCUUGAGUGUUUCUGUGCUGAGCCUCCUCAUAAAUCAAGACUCUCCAUCCAUAGGCCUGCACUCUGCUGAGAGAAACGCGGCCUCGGAAAACGCGCCUCUUCCCUCUUUUAACGCUCAUUGGGCAUGGUCGGAGUCCUGCGGCUUGCUUACCCCGACGUCGAUGACACUGAGGCGGACGCAGAUCGACCCUGGCGCAGCGAAGGGAAAGCGAAAUUGCUUUAAGAACCACAGAAGGAGGAAAGACCUGCUUCCCAGUCACAGGAGAACACACAGGACCUUCUUUUACACAGACAGAGGAGAGCAAACGCCUGCAUUUCCCCUUUCUAGACUAAAGGCAAAAACUCGUGGUUCUUUACAAAGGCGUUAUUUUUUUUUUGUGUGUGCCCGGCUUCCCUAAAAACAAGGGAAUGCUAGGAAAUUGAGGGCCAUUGAUAUGAAUAUGGAUGAUAAUUAUGUAUGCAAACUUUCACUUGGUGAUAUUCUGACCAUAUAUAUUUUUUCCCCCAAUGCUGGUACAGCUCUUCAUACGCCAGAAAGAAAGAAAAAAAAAACUUUUAUAUAUUCAACAAAAUCCACAAGGCCACAAACCACCACAAACAGACUCUAAAACCCUUAGAGUAAGACAAACGAACUUUACUUACGGUGAAGAGUUUAAAAAAAAAUAGAAAAAAAAGAGAGAAAAAAAAAUGUUUCAGAAUGCCAAGCCAGUACGUGAUCUGCCUUUUUACGCGGUCGCGUGAGAAUCCGGGAAUUGAGAAGUUAGAUGGAUAGAGAGGAAGUGUGGAUGGCUGUGAGUGCCACCUGUCUCCGUCGGUGUGACUGCGGGGGGGGGGGGGGGUAUUAUUCUUGUUUAAUUGAAGUAGAUUCUCUCAGUCUGUCUCUCUUUGUCUUUCCUUCUGUCCCUCUCUCUCUCUCUCUCUCUCUCUCUCUCGUUCUCUCUCUCUCUCUCUCUCUCUCUCUCUCUUUCUCUCUCUCUCUCUCUCUUUCUC